AUGCCAAAAUCUCAACCACUUGAAUACCAAAGCAGCGAACCAGCCUUCAUCCGCCGUCUAAAAGCAGGCAAUGCAGCACUCGACGGCCGACACAAUGUGCAGAUAUCCCGAGUACGCGGCGGUAUGGGUAAGAACGACAGACUCAACAUGGGUGGUGAGGAAGGUGAAGACGAUCCUGUGAUGCUUGAUGAGAGUGGUAAUCUGGUAACGAAGGAGGAAAUGAAGGUCAUGGAGAAGGAAGUGACUGGUCACGCCCAUGAGAAGCAAGUUGACAAGGACGAAGGCGCGGCAGAACAGCAGAAGGACCAUCUAGCUAAGGAUGAAACGAGCAAUGUCAGCAGCGGGUUUGGCAGAAAGCGAAAAGCUGCAAAGGUUGUAGGUAGUGAUGAUACUGAUGGUCGUGGUGAUGGUGGUAAUGAAGAGGCUGAGAAAGAGCCUGUCAAAUCACUGACGGAAAGCACGAAGGAUCUGGAAGGAGUCGUUGGUCAGAGCAAGGAAGAUGCAAUAACGAAAAUUACGAAAGCUGCGCCUACGAAGAGAGGCAAAAAGAAGAAGGUCAAGUUGAGUUUCGAUGAACCAGAGUGA